CACAACGCAGAAGCAUUGAAGCGCAGAUCCCCGCAGCCAUCAUCUCCAUUUAUGAAUGUAGUAACGCCCCAAGGCAUCCCACACCGAAAACCUUAUCUACUUGAAAAGCCCGAUUCUUCCGUUCUGCUGGUCCAUGACAACAACGGAUCCAAGAGUUGUACUUGGCUCCCAACUCAGAGAACCUUGAAAAACUCACGCCAACCUAACAACAGAGAUAGCCACAAAGCACGGCUAUCAAAGCCAAUGAGGUACCAUCACACCGUCAAAUCCAAUAAUCACAGUGCACAUGAACAGGAGCCCAGAUCGCCGCAAAAGUCACCUUCAGUUACGAGUGUGGUAAUGCCUCAACGCAUCUUCUCACCUCACAAGCCUUAUCUACUUGAAAAACCACACAUCACAGGGCUCGAUCGCGGCCGCAACCGUACCAGUGUAAGCAGCGCCACUUCACCAUAUCUCCAUACCGUUUUACAUACACCAUUCGCGCCGGCGAAACAACUUGCUAAACAAGUCAUUUCUAGUCGCAACACCGCUCACUUGCGAUCACAUGAGCUUCAUAUGUCGCGGACGAAGCGUAGUCGGACGCAGCCGAAGGGUUUACUUAAUAAGGCGAGUUACCUACCUGCGCCACUGACGUCUACGCAAGACGACCGUACAAACCAGGCCAAAUACGCACCUCAUCCAAGGCAGUUUACCUUAG